AUUGACAAUAACUCAAGUGCAAAAAAUACAACAUUGCCAAGUGUCUAUCCAGAAGAUUCAUUAUUAGCGGCAAUUUUCAAAUGCUUGGCUUACAGCUUGAUAGUUGUUUUUUCUGUCACUGGUAACUCUCUGGUCAUAGCAGCUUUCAAGCUCAAUGUCGACAGGAAACUUCGCACUGUUAAUAAUAUGUUCAUUGUGAGCAUGGCUGCCGGAGACUUGCUCCUCACAGUGGCAAGUACACCAGAGCGAAUCACAAGAAUUCUGGCUGAUGAGCAGUGGAUUAUUGAAGGGAACUGGGGAGUAUUCCUGUGCAAGACGAGUAAUUAUUUGGAAAAGCUUUUCAUGAAUGUUUCAGUGAUACAUCUAGCGAUGAUUGCAAUAGAUCGCUUUCUAGUUGUGUACUUUCCCCACAAGAAGAUUAUCACAGCGACAAGAGCCCGUGUUAUCAUUGCCAUCGCUUGGUUAGGAUCCGCUCUUUACUGUGCCCCUUUGUUUUAUUACGCCAACUUACUGGAGGAACACGGAAAAAUUUACUGUAAAACGCGACAGUUUUUCAAUAAUUGGAAAGUUUGGUAUUUGUUCUUCCUGUCACUGAUUGUAUUAACACUGUUGUUUGUAGUAACAUUGUACGCGGCGAUUAUCAUUCGACUUUGGUGUGGGAAAACGACCGAGAUCGUGCAAACCCCUAUAAAACGCCGUGUAAGUGCGCGAGUUAAUAGGCGUGUUCUCAAAAUGGUGGCCAUGAUAGUGAUUGCCUUUUAUUGCUGUAUUCUUCCUUAUUGGGUCGGUUGGGUGUUUUGUUCAUACCAUCGCAGUGAGCUCAUUUGUAAUGAUACCUAUGUAUUUGUUGCAAUUUUCCUCAUGUAUGCAAAUAGUGCGGUUAAUCCGGUCAUUUAUGCCUUUUUCAAUGAUACCUUCAGAGUUGGUUUUCGAUUUAUCAUGAAGACGUCCAGAAGAUGUUGUUUUAGUUCUAAGAACUUGAGUACGGAUACGGCACAAGAUGAAUUUAUUGGGAGAAACCGGAGCAGUAGAAAAUCAAGCGAAAUCCCAUGCCAAGAACUAAAAGAACUUGAUUCUAAAAAACAUUCAUGCAUAUAUGUUUAGGGCCGACUUAGGAAGUCUUCCUAUUCCGGUGCAAUAGAUGAAAGUUGUUAAAGCAUUGAUUCAUUUACCUGGAGAAAGAUUUUUUCAGGUUCAUGAUUAUUGAGAAACAUGUGUUUUGAAAGAGCACUCAGAGAAAGCCAAAAUGUUUUCUUUUUUCGCAAAUUCUGGGUCUGAACGUUUAAAUGAAGCCGAAUAUCAGUAUUCAUAUGUUAAAAUGGCAGAAAAACGUUAUCAUGCAACAUUGCGUGAUGUCGGUCUACCGACGAAAACGGCUUGAUAUUAUCUUAAGGAAGAGCAUCGUGCUGAAAUUACGGUCGGAAGACGAUUUAUCCGACGUUCGAAUUAAUGAUGAUUUAAUUGUACUAAGUCAUCCUGUGUAGGCAGAUGGGGGGUUUUUCAUGUCUUAGCUCUCAUUGUUUGCAAAGCCCUCUUCUCAAGAAGCCAAAGUGUUUGCCAAAUAAUAAGCAAGGUUGGAAAGAAGAGAAAUCCAGGAUGAAUUUGGAAAUGUGUCCUCUUAGACUGUAAGGUCUGAUUAUUUAAACAACGUUUAGCCGUUUUUUAACGAAACUGAACAUUUGUUAUUGUGAGCAGUGUCAAGUGGGCUGGAAGCAAACAGUGGAAGGACAUUUAUUUGAUUCAAUCAACCCACUUAUAGAGGAAGCCUGAGGCCGACUGUUUUCAAACCUUGGUUUGAGUAAGCCGGCCCUCAAAGUGCAAUCUGAUCCAAGCUUAGAUAGAUCUAGAAUGAAUGUUCUAGGAGGUGUGGGCAAACUUGGCAUUAAUUAGCCAACUUUCGUGGCACGACAUACACAUUUCGCAAAAGUUAGCUCAUUUUUUUUUUAUUUUUGUCAUUACACAAUCGAAAUUUGAAACAAUUAAAUGAUAUCAGACCGCUGACGUUGACACUCUCGGCGGGAAAACCCUCAGUCUAUAAUCAGCAUCACACCCAGAAUCGAAGAUCGAAGAUCCAACAACUCUUACCCACAAGGCUCUCUCCUCUUAGCCUGUUUUGAUCAGAAUGGGACAUAAACCCAAGAAUUAGCAUUUGCUUUAAUAUGUUCACUAUAGAAGCCUCAGAUAGAGAGUGAGGAAAACCAACAAGGAAGGUUAUUGUCUUGAUAUCAAUUCGUCCUUUAAAGCCAAUAGCAAGGGAUGCGAACAGCAAUAUGAUAUCAAGCCGGAUAGAAUUUUGAAUCAUUCCUCAUUGACAACACAAACAUAUCAUACUCAUUCAACCCUGACAUUGUUCAGAUAGACUGGAGCAGCAGGUUUUCAUUCAAUUCUUGGGAAAUGAUUAUAUCUCUUUAUCACAAUGUGGAUUAUUGUUUUCAGCGAUUUGAAUCAGUUAAGCAGAGUGAUUGAAACAACUGAUUUAAAAAAAAAAUUAUAUUGUUAAAUUUUACCCCUGCAAGCUCUUGCAGUUGAAAGAUGAAAUCGAGGUGUAGAUUACAAUGAAGACAACUACUCGACAGGUUAUUUUUCCGGUAAAUUUGUCCACAUCUCUUAAGGGAAUCACACAUAUUCUCUCGAUAUGCGUUGCGGCGCAAAUGGCAGAAGUCUUGAUUUCAUAUUAAGGUACCAAUUUAAUUAAUUUAAUCGCUAUCUGCUUUCAGAAAAGUGACGAUGCGCUCAAAUGUGAUUAAUACACAAUUGAAUAUUCGCUGUUUUCCUUUUUCGUCUUUGUCAGGUGUCACUUUUCAAACCUAACAGUCAAAAUCCACGCGGUAAUUGAAAUCCUUGAAAAACGUGGUUGGAGUUCAGAUCCCUUUUAACCUGAUCGAAAGCAAAUACAGGAAAUUUUAUAAAGAUGCUGCUUCCCACAGAGAUUUCCUUUAUUCAUAACAUCUACUUAAUUUCUGGGCCAUUUUCCAAGCGUAUUAAUAAUAAAUGUUUGUCUGAGGCGGAAUGUUAAAUGUGUAAUUUGCCUAUCGAAUAAGAGGUUUUCCUCUGUGCAAAUAUUUUACUAAAUUCAAAUUCUGCAGGUAAGUGGUGUGAUGUUGCUGGAAGACCCAUCGUGGUACCAAAUCUGUGAUGAAAUAUGACUAAGAGCAGAGAAUCAGCAGUUAAAUACAUUUAACAUUUUACUUUUUCAUUUUACUUAGUGAAAGGAGAGGGAAAGUGGUUAACAACAGAAGCACGCGAACAAGAAAUGUCAAUCUAUGAGAGUGAAGGACUUCAUUGUGGCGGGAAAUGAAUGAUCUUGGCACUGGAAACACAACCUCGCCCCCGAAUAUCUACGCAGGCGAUUCGCCCAUAGAGAAAUCUUUUAAAUGUUUAGCUUAUGGUGUGGUUGUUACACUGUCUGUCAUCGGUAACACAUUGAUUAUCUUUGCCUUUAAGCUUAAUAUUGAUGGAAAACUCCGCACGGUCAAUAAUACGUUCAUUGUGAGCAUGGCUGCCGGAGACCUUCUUCUCACAGUGGCUAGCACGCCAGAGCGAAUCACAAGAAUUCUGGUUAACGAGCGAUGGAUUAUCCAUGGAAACUGGGGAAUAUUCUUGUGCAAGACGACCAACUACAUGGAGAAGCUUUGUAUGAACGUUUCAGUGAUUCAUCUGGCAAUGAUUGCUAUAGACCGGUUUGUGGCUGUUUGUUAUCCCCGGAGGAGAAUCAUUACAGCGAAAAAGGCUCGCUUUAUUAUUGCAACCGCUUGGUUUGGUUCAGCUGUUUAUUGUGUCCCUCUGUUUUAUUACGCAAAUUUGUUAGUGAGCAAUGAGAACGUUUUCUGUAAAACGCGACACUUUUUUAUCAACUGGCGAAUUUGGUAUUUGUUUUUCCUGUCAUUGCUCGUGCUAAUAUUGCUUGUUGUGGUCGGACUUUACGCUGCGAUUAUUAUUCGUCUCUGGCGUGGAGAAAGAGGACCCAGAAUCCGGAUGUCAUUCCGAAGCCGUACAAACGCGCGAAUCAACGUCCGUGUUCUCAAAAUGGUAGCCAUGAUAGUUUUUGUAUUUUACUGUUGUAUUUUACCCUACUGGAUCGGCUGGGUAUUCUGUUCGUAUUAUCGCAACGACCUCAUUUGUAGCGACACCUACGUGUUCGUGGUAGUUUUUCUGAUGUAUUCCAACAGCGCAUUCAACCCAGCGAUUUACUCGUUUUUCAACCAUAAUUUUCGUCGGAGCUUUCGUUUUAUUCUAAACAAGCUGUGCAAAUGUUGUUUUACCAAUAGAGCGCUUUACAUUCAGCCAGAACCGAAACCAAUUUACGUCAUUGGCAGAGGUUUGCAAGAUUGUGAG